AUCCCAACGACUGAAGUCAUUAUCUUCGACACUUCAGAGGCGUUUCGAAAGGACAUCUCAGUUUUAGGCCCUGCGGCCGAUGUAGUUUCAAAGGUUGAUGGUGUCCGGAGGCCCGUCUACACUGGGACACAGAUCGAGAACCCAACUACAGGGUAUAUCUUCCUCAACUGGGAAAGCCUAGCGCACCAUCAGGCGUUGAUGGCUGCCCCCUCAUAUGGGUCCUGUGCUUGACGCUCUGAAACCCGCUUCGGGGGCCCGUUUAAGAUGUAUCAUGUCAUUUUCAACGACCAUCCCAUCGCAUUACAGCAGCCUGUCACAGAGGUUCUCCUCCUCACGCUCAAAGAUCCCAGUCAUCGCACAGAGGUGUUCGAGAUCCUCAGUAAGAUGUCGGACUUGACCAAGAAGAUGCUCGUGUUUGGGCCUACAGUGGAGAAUGAGAAUGAGAUUAUUCUUGUCGGCGGCUGGGCAAGCGUUGAGGCUCAUUGGGAGACGGUUGCCAAUCCUGAGCCGAAAGCAGUGAUCGAACGGCUGUUCGUUCUUGCUACUAAGGACCAUCUGUUCCAUGCUGCCUUGAAGCCAUACACAGGAAAAUAGCAGUCGGCAGGUGCGGUCAACUAAAGUCGAAACUAAAGUAUUUGUAUAUUAUGAGCUUCUGCAUCGCAAAGCCCACACGACGGAAUACAAAGUGGAAAUAUG